CACACACACACACACACACACACAAGCCAUGCACACGCCUGCGGCGUCGCAUCAGCGACGACGGUCCAGUGGUGCGCGGGAGCACCAGUGCAGUUGUCGGUGUUCCGUCUCGAUGGUGGCAUUUGUGGCUGCAGUGGCCGUCGCUGUGACGGUGCUGUGCUGCGUUCCCCAAGUUGCACAUGCAAAGCCGACAUCUAUGACACACCACGCGCGCGGUCGGCGCGAGCACACGACCGACACGUUUGAGUGCUUGUACAACGGAGGGGCGAAUGGUACGUGCAACGGAACGACGCGGUUCAUCCACGAGAUCUUCAUGGGCCGCUGCUUUGACUGGAUCCGGCAAAACGUGCGCAUGUCCGCGUCAACGACAGUGGAUUGCUUCCAGGCGUGGGCGGCAUUCAAUGCCAGCGUCCGCUCGGAUGGGUUUAAGUUCGAGCCGUUGCUGCAGCUCAUGCCACCCGAGACCACGGAAGGCACGCCCGGCGUGCUGUGGUCUGGCCUGGACCUCUCGGAGCGAACAUCCACGUCCAUCAGCUCCGCGCUGCGCGACGCCGUCAGGGUGAUCACCGGGGAAGACGGAAACGAGGAGCCAAUCGGCGUUGCGCUGGAGCUGACCCAUGUCGGGUACAUCUUGGACGACCUCAGGUUUUGCCCUGGUGCAGCGGGCGACGACUCAGACACACCCAUCCUCCCGACGGAGCAAGGGUUCAACCACCAGUGCUGCUCGUUCACGGACGGGCCGCAGGGGGAGUUUUGGAUGCAGGCGUCGGACUGGUUUGCAAACUCCUUCAAGGAGGCGUUCCACAUCCUGCUCAAUUACAGGGAUGGCUGCGAGCACGCGUUCCGCACAGACAGCAUCCUUGCGCACGAGGUGAGCCAGAUUGCGCCGUGCACCCGGUGCGAUGGCAAGGGCCGCGAUUGUGACAAGUGCUCCGUGCACGUGUGGGUGGUACGGCGACGCGCCUGUCAACAGGAUAAGUCCAUCCACGAGCUGAUGCAGCGCCUGGAAGGGAAAAACUAUCGCGUGGAGUGCAUUGACGGGCAGACGGACAACGGGGACAAGCGCGAGCGGCUGGUCAGGGCAGCGUGCGAGGUCGACAAGAACGGCGAGCUGUGCACCAACGCCGUCAGCGGGGACAAGAAGGUCAAGAUUGCCGGCAUUGUGGUGGGCGCGCUGCUUGGCGGGAUGGCACUGGGCAUGGCUGUUUACUAUGCACACCGGCACUUUAAGCUUCAAAAGUUUCUGCUGCAGUUUGAUCAGAGCAAGGAGGACAAGCAGCUUGUGUUGGAUGACCCUGAUGAGUGGGCCAACACGGGGUACUUUCCCUUUGAGGGCGACGCAGAUGCCGUUGACUACAACUCGUCGUCACUGCUCAGGCCAAUGUCCUCUUCGGGGUAGUCGCCGACACGCACGGCCUUUGGCUUGAGGAACGCGCCGUACUUGGGCGGGCACGAGAAAUACCGCACACCCUUCACGCUGCACUCGUGGUGGUGGUGAUGAUGGUCAUGGUGGUGGUUAUGGUGUUGACAAGUUGUUGUUGUUGUUGUUGUUGUCGUCGUCGUCGUGGUGGUGGUGGUGGAUGGGUGCGCAUGAGUGUGAGUACGUUGCGGCUGCUUGAUGGUGAUGGUGGUGGUGAUGGUGAUGGUGAUGGUAAGGAGAGGAGCGUUCUUUGGUUUCUGUUCUUGUGUUUGCUUAGCAAGUUGAUUGGGGGGGGGCGGCGUGUGAUGUUGAUUGAUUUGUUUCCAUGUGGAACCAUUAAAUGCACGUGAACCACACA